CGUCUUCUUCCUUCUACCUCUUUCAUCCCUACGUCCCACCUACCUAGCUCGUGUGCGCCAUCUGGAUCUGAAUCUAGCCCCCUCCUCCAUCCCUGUAUAUAAGCCCACCCGUUGCCGAGAAGAAAUCAUUAGCCAGAGUGAGAGUUCAGCAGCACUCCUUCGCUACACUUCGUUCACUUCCAACGAUCUCCACACCACAGAGAGACAGAGAGAGAGAGAGAGAGGGUGUGUGUUGAAGCAAAGAUGAAGCUUAUGGGGAGCCGGAGGAGCGGAGGAGGCCUGAGCAGGAGCCUCAAGGAGCACAGGGCCAGGCUCUACAUCAUCCAGCGCUGCGUCGUCAUGCUGCUGCGCUGGCACGACUGACUCCGAUCCCUCGCUCCAUGGAUGGAUCUGUCCUUCCAUUCCAUGGAUGGUGUUUGAAGCAAAGAUAUACUUUCUGAUUUUGGGUCUGUGAUUGUGCUGUGCCAGAAUGGUGCCGGCAGGUAGUACUUGUACAUAAGAGGUCACUUAAUUAUAGAAGUAGAAGUAGAAGUAGUAGCAAAGCAAUAGGAUCGAUCUAGUGUUCGUCGAUUCACCACCUCCUCUGCCCUCCACCCCCUUGCAGCAAGUGUGUCUGUCCCAUUGUACAGUUACAUCACUGCCGAAUACUCGUGUGAUGCAAUAUAUCAACUGAAAGAGAAGGAAUCACCGGAUCAAUCGCU